CAGCCUGAUCCUGCGGUAUUACCACUUUUCCCAGGAUAUUAAUGACUAAUUCUCUAAUAUCCUCUCCCUCUACCUCCUUUACAUCUUGGAUUGUCAGAUUCCACCUGCGAGAGUACCUUUGAAGUUAAUCUACAUCCUCACACAGCCCCGGAGUUCUUCAUAGGGGACAUGGUCGUCUGACGUUCACAGCUCCUCCUCAAUUGGUAGGCUUAAUUAUCCACUACCGAAGGGUGAUUAGUCCGCGACUGUAAAAGCGACCAGACUACACCACACCUGCAAUAAUCCAAAACAGUCCCCAGACGAGGCGAUAUUCUGCAUCCCUCGUCCAAACCAGGAAUAUGUUAUAGAUUAACUCACCCUUGUCUGCUGAUUGUAGGCCCUUCGCAUUUACUUUUCUGUCGGGCCAUGGAUACCAGAGAGGUUUCGUUUAUUUGCUACAGAUGUUUAAAAAUUAUGUUUAGGGACACAUGGCAUAUUUACGCCAUCCACACCAUUGACGUCAGUUCCUGUGACGUACCACGAGUCUAAAAAUUGUCCUUCUCAGUAAUGGCGGCUUCGUUCCCUUCUCCUUCUGGAACAAACAACAAAUGGUACUUCACCCGAGAACAGAUCGAGAAUAGCCCAUCUCGUCGUGUGGGGCUUGAUCCAGACAAGGAAUUAUCAUACAGACAGCAAGCCGCGAACCUUCUACAGGACAUGGGACAGCGACUCAAUGUGUCCCAGCUAACAAUUAAUACUGCUAUUGUGUAUAUGCACCGAUUCUACAUGAUCCAGUCCUUCACCAGGUUCCACAGAAAUGUCAUAGCUCCAGCGACACUAUUCCUUGCUGCAAAGGUUGAGGAACAGCCCCGCAAGUUGGAGCAUGUUAUCAAGGUGACCCAUGCAUGCCUUAACCCUCAGGACCCUUCACCAGACGUCCGCAGUGAUGCUUACCUGCAACAAGCCCAAGACCUGGUCAUUCUUGAGAGCAUUAUACUCCAGACCCUGGCUUUUGAAAUCACCAUUGACCACCCACAUACUCACGUUGUCAAGUGCACCCAGCUCGUCAGAGCGAGUAAGGAUUUGGCCCAGACCUCAUACUUCAUGGCUACCAACAGCCUACACCUGACCACAUUCUGCCUGCAGUACAGCCCACCCAUAGUGGCCUGCGUCUGCAUCCACCUGGCUUGCAAGUGGUCCAACUGGGAGAUCCCUGUCUCCACAGACGGCAAGCACUGGUGGGAGUAUGUAGACAAUACUGUCACCCUUGAGCUGCUGGAUGAACUCACUCACGACUUCCUACAGAUCUUGGAGAAGACACCAAGCCGAUUAAAACGCAUUCGCAACUGGAAAGCGGCAGGUCAGACAGUGAAGGGAGGGAAGUCUAAGGUGCCAGAGGACGGGGACCAGACAGAUUGUAUGAUGAGCAUGAUCUCCAUGUCGUCCUCUGAGACCACGCUGGCCAGCCUCUCUAACCCUUCCUCUUCAUCCAUGGCUCCCAUACUACUGGAGCUCAAGUCGACCCUGGGCAGUGGCUCCGACCAGCCCAACCACGUAGAGCUGCACGCCCCAGCCAAGGUGUCACUGAGUGAGUACCGGGCCAAGCACGCUGAUGUCCUGGCUGCUCAGAAGAGGAAGCUGGAGAACAUGGAGGCCAGCGUGAAGAGGGAGUAUGCCUCGGCAGCCCAAGCUCUGAUAGGCCAACAUCAGAGGAAGGAGAAGUACCACCGUGAUCAGCCGCAGUCCAGCUCCCACCAUUCCAGCUUAGCCUCCUCUGACCUCAGCAGCCCCUCGCCCAUCAUCCUCAAGAUCCCCCUGGAAAAGGAGAGGGGCGAGCGCAGCUCCCUGAAGAUGCGCCUCCCUCUGGGGACUGGGGGAGGAGGGGGGCACAGUGGAGGAGGGAACAGAGGAGCCGGAGGAGAACAGGACAUCAAAGUGAGAAUCCGGGUGCCUGAGAAAGUACGCAGUGCAGGCUCGGGAGAGGAGGGGGGCAAGAGUAGGGAGGGCAAGCAUCGAGAUCGCUCCCACCACCACCACCAUCACCACCACCACCAUCAUUCAUCGUCGUCUUUGAGCGGUGCUUCUGUCUCUUCGUCCUCGUCACAUAAACACUCAGCCAGUGCUGCUGGAGCUGUAGGAGGAAGUGGUAGCAAAAAGACCCCCAGUGACUCAUCUAGAAUGAGCUCUUCCUCUGCUUCUCGAAAGAGGACACACUCCACUGAGUCCCAGGGAUCCCACCCCUCCAAAGUCUCUAAGUCCUCCAGGAACUCAGCCUACCAGCUACCUGCUCUGUUAGCUGCCUCCAGUGCACACUCCCUGGGGGUGCAAACUGCUGAGAUCCUCCCAUCCUUGGGUCUCCCCUCCCUCCACCAGGGAAACUUCUCUCACUGCAAGGGGGACAAGACUGACACUAACGGACACAAUGCAGGUGGGGGAAGCCAGUCAAAUGAGUACCAGGACACAUUUGAGAUGCUGAACUCUUUACUGAGUGCUCAGGGGGUCCAACCUGCUCAGCCUCCCAUGUUUGACUACCGGUCUCAGUACGGGGAGUACAGAUACAGUGGAGGGUCGAGGGGGGGCUCUCGACCGCCACCCCUGCCUGCUGAACCUCCACCCCCGCUACCCCCUUUACCCAAAUGAUCCCUGAUGAAGGGGUGAAUUACUGACAGUAUCUGUAGACGCCUCCACAUCCUUCCAUAAGACAUUUGCACUGUGACUUUGGGUCCCUUUAUGUGUUUGAAGGAAUCAUGUUGUGGUUUUCAACUUGACAGCAAAGAAAUGUACUUCCAAUACAUACUUAUCAGUGAUGCAUGUACAUAAGUUUCUCCCUUGUUACAUCAUCAUAUCCAAUACAUCUGUGGGGCAAUAACAGGUGUGAAAGAAAACUAAAUGAAUUUAUUUAUAAAAAAAAAUGUAAAUACUAUUUUUGAUGUUAUUCAUUUUUGUAUUGUGAUAUGAACUCAAAUCCAAUUUCAUGGAAUGACUGGACCUGAUACUUUAAACAUGGCUGUUUAAGUCAUUUUGAAUGCACAGUAGAAGAAACAAACUUGUCUGCUUCACUUCUUAAAUUGUGUAAGUCUCGCUAAAAAUUAGUAUUUUUCAGAAUGUUUUUAAAUGUACUAUUUAUUAUUAGUGUUGAAUGCAAUUAGAACAUUUUGCCAACUGCCUCCCCUGCGCUUUCUGCUGUGUCCUGUUGAACUGAAUGAUAGUUGAGUGCUCCUUACACAAGUCUAUUUGAGAAUGCAUGUCUUCAAAGCCAUCGUUUGACAUGUUUUUGUUUAAAAAGUAGUCACUGAAUCAGAUCCCCCCCCCCCAUUUUUGUCUAUUAUAGUACAUUUUUUUCCCCUCUGCAUUAUUUGCAACACUUUAUAUGUUAAUUAUGUAAAAUGACUUUAGUGGACAAAAUAUUUUCACAUUUAAGUUAAAAGUUGCAAAAAAUACUUGAAAUUUAAAAGAAACAUUUCAGUUUUUCUACUUCAUAUUCAUCUCUAGCACCACCCCUACAUCAACAUGUGCAAAUUGUGCAUUUUGUUGUAGUAAAAAAUAGAGUAAUAUGUGUUUCCAAUGAGUAUGCAAUGCCAACUCGUAUUUGGUUUAAAUCCAAUGGUGGCAUAUUAGGAGAACUUAUCUUCCUCUCUUUUACAUUUUUAAAGUUGAUUUUUUACUAAACAUAAAUGUUUUAUUUUCACAUGUUGAUUUUGGGUAGAUGCUGGACAUGACAAAUAUGAAGUUGACUUUAAAAAAAUAUAUCUAUUUUUUCCUUAAGGCUUGUAUUUUAGUUUCUAUAUUUGAAUGUGUUGCAGUCAUUGUUUUAAAUGGUUGUAAAAUGUUAGUCAUAAUACUCAAAUAAUUACACUAACUUACAGAGUUUAUACUACAGUACUUAUCUACAUAUUCCUACACAUUUUGAUAAUGGACUGAUUUCUGUCUUAGUGCUUUGAACAGAAUUCAUAGUGUUGCUUCAACUACUGUUUUAACGAUAACUGAUGUCUUCACUCGUACAUUUUGAAUGCAACUGAAAUUGUAUUUUUGUGAGAUUUUGAUAAGGUGCAUAAUCAUUUGUCUAUAUUAUUUAGAUAAUUUGUUUUUCUGGUUUCAUGCCUCACCAUGUGGUUGCUUGUGGCGAUCACACAUGCUCAACUGGGGGACUUUUUAGAGGUUUUAACAUAACAUCUCCAGUACCACUGUCAACCAUCAUUUUCUACAUUUAAUGUCAGUGAGAAUGACCUGUUCAAUUAAGAUAAUCUUUCCCUUCAUGUUCCAGACUUGCUGUUUGUCAUGCUUAUGAACAAACUGGUAUAGUCUUUCUCCUUAGAUCAUGUUUAAAAUUGUAUGAUAGUGGAAAUGGGCUUGAACUUAGCUCUGACAUGUUUCAGACUGUUUAACAGAACUCUCUUUGUCCAAUGGAUGGGUUAGCUGACAACAUCACAAAAACGAUGCACAUGUUUCAAUGGGGCAGAAGUCUGUGUGUUGUGAUUCUGGAUGGCCAGAUGGCUAGAACCAAUACAAGAGGCUGCUCAUUUAAGUUAGUUUUCUUGUUCUUGAUACCAUGUCUUGUUUUUAGGUGUUUUGACUGAUGUCACAUCUUUGCUAAUAUGGCUAAACUUCACAAGCUAGCUAACCAACAACUGUAACAAUGUAUUUGAGAGACAAGUGCUCAUUGUGCAAAUGUAUUUAUGUUUUCAAUAAACAUUGGAGACUAAA